UUUGAGCUUUCUUCAUACAUUUUGAAAUUUCAAUUUAUGAAGAUAUAAACAGCACAAUUAUUUUAACCAGUAUAGAAGUGUUUUGAGAAUUUCUGUAACAUUUCCUAUUUUUUUCUGUAUCUUUACUUCAAACAAAUUAAUUACACUUUAGAAAUAAAAUUAUGCCACAAUAUGUCUUUAAUACUUUUCAAAUAUAUUUUAGUUACAACAAUAGUAAUGACAAAGAUGAAAACAAUAAUUUUUGGGCUUUCUCCUUGUCUUAGUGGGCCAUGUGUUCAUGGGGUAUGUGUAGAUACAGAAAAAGAUACAUACAGAUGUUAUUGUAUCAAUGGUUAUACAGGAUUAAAUUGUCAAACGAAUUAUGAUGAUUGCAGAAGUAUGCCAUGUCAACAUGGAGCUACAUGCAUUGAUGGAGUAGCUUCUUUUACCUGUGUAUGCUUGGAAGGAUAUACUGGAAGUUUAUGUGAAGAAAAUGUUAAUGAAUGUUUAUCAGAUCCUUGUCUAAAUGAUGGUGUCUGCCGUGAUUCAGUGAAUGGUUAUACAUGUGAAUGCCUUCCAGGAUUUAAAGGAGAACAUUGUGAAGAAGACAUAAAUGUUUGUGAAUUUGAAAUAGCAAACAACUCUUAUUGCCUUAAUGGUGGAAUAUGCAUUGAUGGACCUGGUUAUGAAUAUACUUGCAACUGUCCUCCAGGAUUUGAAGGUGUUUAUUGUGAAAAAGAAUUUAACGAAUGUGGUUCUUUUCCUUGUUUAAAUGGAGGAGUAUGUAUUGAUAAACCUAACAAUUUUUCCUGUAUUUGUCUGUUUGGUUGGACAGGAAAAUUCUGUGAAACAGAAGUAAAAGAGUGCAAAGAAAAUUUUUGUGAAAAUGAAGGUAUAUGUCUUGUUGAAAUAUCUGCUGCUGGAAUAAAUAUAACUGAACCUACAUGUUAUUGUGUGCCAGACUUCCAUGGUAUUGCUUGUGAGCAACGUUACAAUGAAUGUCUACCUGCUUCUCCUUGUAUGAAUGGUGGUACCUGUAUAGAUGGAGUGGACAGUUUCAGUUGUAUGUGUCCCUUUGGAUUUAUUGGAGCACUUUGUGAGAAUUCUUGUAAAACUAUUAUCUGUGAUAUAGAUACAACUUCAGAAAUAAUUACACAACUUUAUACAUCACCUCUAUCCUAUGAUUUUUCCAAGAUGAUUUCAACUACAUUGGAAGAAACAUCAGAAGUAUCAUUUCUUGAUAUUUAUAGUUCAGUUUCUUUUGAAGUAUCCAGAUUAAUAACUGCAAUGAGUGAUACUCUUACAACUCUUAUCAGUUCUCCGUCCAUAUCUCCAAAAAAAACAAUCUCUAUUAUUACAUCUUCAGAACAAAUAGAUUGGAUUCCAUCCCAGACAACAAUUGAUUCAACUAUUUCUAUUCCAAGUUUUGAAGAAUCAUAUACAACUCUACCUUUUUAUUCCAGUGUGAUACCAAUUUCAACUGAAAAGCAUGUUUUUGAUAGUACAGAAUCUUCCAUCACUAUGAGUACAAAAAUGGUUGAUCUAUCAUCUUCAGUUGGUGAUCUCAUCUAUUCGUCAUAUUUUAUGAGCUCAUCUGAAGUGAUAACUGAAGAAUCAUCUUACUUUAGAACAGAAGAUAUAGAAAUUUCAACUACCCAAGUGAGCAAAACAUUUAUGCAAAGUAUGGAAACAGAAGUUUCCAUUUUUACAAUGACUUCACAUCCAUCUUACCCAUUAUUUGCAUCUACAGAAUUUUUAUCUUCAUCAUCUGAAAGAUUGGCAUCUAGUAGUUCAUUAUACAUUACUCUAACUUCUGAUGAAUUUGAAAUAUCACAAAGUGCUGAUAAUGUGUCAUUAUUUUCACCAAUUACCCUCAAUACAUCAAGUACAGAUUUUAUAGUGUCUGAAUUUCAGACUUCUUUACUACAGUUAAGUACACAAAUUGAAGACAGUUACAUUAUAGGAAAUACAUCAGAAAUAUAUCCAUUUUCUUCUCAUUUAAUAAGUGAAAUGGUGCCAACCCAAUCAAGUAUAACUGAUUUUUUAGAAGUAACUUCUCCAUUUCCAAUUGCAAAUGAAUCAACUUGUGAAAGUUUUAUUUGUGAAAAUGGAGGAACUCUUAUAGAAAAUUUUGAACAAAAUUUCAAGUUUUGUGAGUGUAUUUGUCCACUUCAUGUAACUGGUGCAAACUGUGAAAAAGAAAUCUUGGUUCAUAAUCCACAGUUUUCCAACCAUUCUUUUUUAAAACAUAUUUUACCAGAAAUAAAUACACAACAAAGAUUAAAUAUAAAUUUUACUUUUAAGACUAUCUCUUCUGAUGGUUUACUUUUUUAUGCUGAAUCAUUUGAAGACAAAUCAUUUCUUCUAUUGCAAAUCCAGAAUGGCUCAUUAAAGCUGAAGUUUUCUUGUGGUCAGCAAACAAUGGUUUUUAGAGAAUCAAAUAUCAAAGUAAACAGUGGAUACUUUUCCUCAAUUUCUCUAAGUCUUGAAAUUAUGGAAAGUAAAGAAAGUUCUUCUUGCAUUGCCAAACUUCAAGUAAAUAACACUUCAGAUAUGAGUGGUCAACAGCAAUCACUUCAUCCUAAAAUUCAAUUUAGACAUAUUUAUUUUGGAGGAGUGCCAUUUAAUAAUACUUUAUCGCAGAAAAAUGUUGACAAAGUUAUCUUUUUUUCUGGUUGCAUGAAAGAUUUGAAGAUUAGUAAUAAAAACAAGAAAAUGGUUAAAGAUGCUGAGGAUGGUGCUAAUAUUAUUGAAUGUGAUGAUGGAAUGUGUGCCACUAUUAUAUGUCAAAAUGGGGGAACAUGUUCUAGUAAUGGUGAAGCAUGGAGAUGUUUAUGUAGAAAAGGAUAUAGUGGUAUAUUUUGUGAGCAUUUAAAUUGUGAUGCAAAUCCAUGUGAAUAUGGAGGUACUUGUCUGCCAAUAAACAAAAAUACAGAAUACAUAUGUCUUUGUCCAUAUGGUUAUCAUGGUCUUAACUGUGACCAAUUACUGAAUAUAACAAGAUCAUCAUUUCAUGGUUCUAUAAUGGGAUAUUCUUCCUUCUUACAAUACUUAAAUACAAUGGAUGUCCAAUAUUAUUUAGAUGUAGAACUAAAAUUUACAUUAACAAAAUUAUAUCAAAAAGGAUUAAUAGCAUUCAUGGGACAAAGAGAUACAAAUGAUCCAAUGACAGAUUAUUUGGCUAUAGGACUAGAAAAUGGUUUUGUUGAAUAUUAUUUGGAUCUGGGAUCAGGUUAUAGGAAACUGCAAUCAGUUUCAAGCUUAAAUAUGUCAAUGCCCAUUCAUACUAUUAGUUUUGGUCAUCACAGACGUUAUCUUUGGUUAGUUGUUGAUACUCAAAAGAAAGUUACAGGUCUAUCUCCAGGGAAGUUAAAUGCACUCAAUGUAUUACCAUAUUUAUUUAUUGGAGGCCAUUCAAGCUAUAAUUUUUCAUUAUUACCAUUUCCUGUAAAUAACUGGAAUGGAUAUAAUGGAUGUAUUUUUGAUGUAAAAAUAAAAGUUAGUCCAGAAAAUUCUUACUUUAAUCUAAACGAUGUUAUUGCGGGAAGAAAUAUUCAACAAUGUAAUAAAAGUGAAUGUGAUCUUAUCAAGUGUGAAAAUGGUGGAACAUGUAUUAAUCUUGGAACAACUUUCAUGUGUCUUUGUAAUGUGGGCUGGACAGGUACCAGAUGCACUAAUCAAAUUACUCCAUGUAAUAGUGGAAGCCAUCAUUGUGCACCAAAAUCUAUUUGUACUGUUACAAUUGAUGGUUACAGAUGUGACUGUAUAUUGGGACAAGCUGGAAAAUAUUGUAAUGAAACAAUAAACAUAAUUGAUCCACAAUUCAAUGGCAUGAAUUCCUUUAUGGAGUUCAAAUCUCAAAAUAUUCGAAGGAAGACAAUAAUAACAAUGCAAUUUAAACCUAUGUCAGAUAAUGGUAUUUUAUUUUAUGCAUCCCAACAAAUGAAUGAAAACAGUGGUGAUUUUGCUGCUAUUGUUAUUAAAAAUGGACAUGUUGAAUUUAGAUUUAACCUUGGAACUGGAACAGAAACUACUACUGUUCUACAAAAUUCUCAUAAAUUAUCGUUAGAUACUUGGCAUACUGUUACUGUAGAUAGAUAUGAAAGAAGUGCCAAUUUAAUAGUUGAUGAUAUAGAAGUUGUAAAUCAAUCACCUGCUGGAAUGAGAGCAUUGGAUGUUAAUACCAACUUUUUUAUAGGUGGUAUACCAGAAUUUUUGUUAACAACCACUAAUAUUAUUGAUAAUUCAUCAUUUUAUGGAUGUAUAAGUUGGUUUGAAGUCAAUUCUAAAAUAUAUAAUUUAACACCUAAAGGAGCCCUUAAUGGACUUAAUAUAAAUAACUGUAGGGGGAAAAUAUGUGGACAUCACAUAUGCAGAAAUAAAGGCAUAUGUAUUGAUCAUCUAGAUGGAAAAUUUUCUUGUAAAUGUUUAUCAAAUUAUUCAGGACCACUGUGUGAGACACAUAUAUUAUGUUUGAAACACAAGUGCCAAAAUGGAGGUACAUGCAUUCCAAAUUUAUCAAAUGGAAAUUAUUCCUGUGAUUGUUCAUUAGGAUGGACAGGAUCAAAAUGUGAAAUUGCAAUAGAAAUUACAAUUCCUAGAUUUAAAUACACAAGCUAUCUUUAUUUUUGGGAUGAAAAUUAUGACAGAAGAGACCUAAAAAGAACAUAUCUAGCUUUUGAUUUUUUAACUUUAAAUCAAUCAGGAUUGUUAUUUUGGAGUGGCAAGUUUUCAAGAAAUGAUGAUUACAUAGGAAUAGGUCUAGAAAAUGGUUAUAUAAUAGUAGUAUGGAAUUUAGGAUGGCUUUCUCAUAAAAAAAUUACUACAGAAGACACUUAUUCUGACAACAAAUGGCAUUCAAUUGUUAUUGAUAGAUUAAAACAAGAGUUAAUAUUGAAAAUAGAUAAUAAGCAAUACAAUAGUAAAGUUAUAGGAAAUUAUUAUGAAUUAAAUACAAAUGGCCAUUAUUAUUUUGGUGGAUUUCCAAGAUCUGUUAAGAUUGAUGAUGAAACCCGAAACCAUUUUAGCAUGCCUUUUAAUGGAUGCAUUAGCAAUAUAAUAUUACCGUAUUAUGUAAAUUAUAGCAAUAUAACUGAAGCAAAUGGUUCAAGAAAUAUUAACAAUUGUGACACUGCCAAAUUUGUUUAAAAGAAAAUAAAUUAUGUAAACAAGAAACUGCAUACAAAAAAUAGUGAGAUUAUUGUUGAUUUGUAAAAUUUUAUUUCAGUUUUUAGAAAGUGGCUAUUAUUGUAUUGUAUUUUAUAUGAAUUAUGAAAAU